UGAUCUGAGGAGGCCGGUGUCUCCUCCCGGGACUCCGCCUACCUUCAAAAUCAGGCUUCACCCGCCACAGGAAGUAGCAAUCAUCCCCGGCCAAAGUCCGCGCCAUCCACUAUCUUCUCCCAGUCUAUCUCCAUCAACGCCUGCCUCGCCAGGGAUUUCGAUUAUGGUGAUCGAGAAUCUACACUCCCAUCCAGAGCUGACUAUUCUGAGACCUAUCGUCCGCUUCUCUCGUCUGUUGCGGCACUACAUCCCGUCAUUCAAGUUCUUCUUCAGUCGGCCCGCCGGUUGGGUAUCAUUUUCCCUUGCGAUCCUCUCGUGUAACCAGUAUUUCUUUGCACACUUCUCCCAUCCCGGGCUCCACCAAGACCCCCAUGGCAAAAUUCGAACUGCGGCACUCAUCGCAGCCCUGGAGAUUCCCCUGGGAACCUGGGUCGGCCCUUGGCUUGUCAAAAACCUCGGAGCUAGAGUCAACGGGAUUGUGGGCUGCUCACUGCAUGCGCUCACCAUCGGGCUGGCCAACAAGCUGCCGCCGGUGGAGAAGAAACUUUCACUCAAGCCGGAGGACACGCCGGGUUGGUUCCGCCUGGGCUUUGGCGUCAGUCGUGCCGGACUUAUCCUGUUCGACCUGGCAGUGCGAGAUAUAAACCGCCGCCUGCUAGCUGACCCUUUACUUCGGAUUACCACCUGA